AUGAGUAAACAAGAAGAUACUGAAUAUAAUGACAUCGCUGAAGGAGAGAUUGAGUCCAACUGGGAGGAGGUUGUAGAUAAUUUCGAUAAUAUGAGCCUUAAAUCUGAUCUUCUUCGCGGAAUCUACGCAUAUGGAUUCGAAAAACCGUCCGCCAUUCAACAACGGGCCAUUCUGCCUGUGAUAAAAGGGCAUGAUGUAAUUGCCCAAGCACAAUCAGGCACUGGGAAAACGGCUACAUUUUCCAUCUCAAUCCUUCAGAAACUUGAUAUGUCUAUUAAUCAAUGUCAAGCCCUUGUGCUUGCUCCAACUCGCGAGUUAGCACAACAGAUUCAGAAAGUUGUUAUCGCACUUGGUGACUUUAUGAAUGUUGAAUGCAAUGCUUCUAUCGGCGGCACAAAUGUUCGCGAGGGUAUAAAGAGACUUGAAGCCGGUGCCCAUGUGGUUGUUGGUACGCCCGGUCGUGUGUUUGAUAUGAUCAAUCGUCGCGCUUUGAAAACCGAUCAUAUCAAGAUGUUUGUUCUCGAUGAGGCUGACGAGAUGUUAUCUCGUGGCUUUAAAGAACAAAUCUAUGAUGUUUUUCAACUUCUUCCUCCUAGCACUCAGGUAGUCCUUUUGUCGGCUACAAUGCCAGCCGACGUUCUGGAAGUGACAACUAAGUUUAUGCGUGAACCUGUCAGAAUUUUGGUCAAGCGGGACGAAUUGACUUUGGAAGGCAUCAAGGCAAGUAUUUUCUCUUAA